AUGAUAAUUAUCGCCCGAUAUAUCGACUAUUCGCCGAUAUUUCACUACCCGACGUCUACCCUCCGGAUCAACUAUGUGGCUAGCCGAUGCGAAGGCAAGGCCUUGAAGCAUAUUGGCCCUCGCCUACGUAAGGACGUCCCGCUUUCGUACGAUGAUGAGACCGACCUCCUCGAUGACUUAUAG